UGCGUGUGUGUGUGUGUUGUAUGACGUUCUCUCUGACACGAGGGGGAAAGCUCCUGUAUGUCUGUUAGUCAGAGAUGUGAGAGCACAGCCACUCACUCGUUCAGACCUCCCCUCUCUCUCACUGUUUGUACGGAUUGCUCUGCGCUGUUUGUGUCGGUUAGACGGAUGUGUCUGAAGGAUGAAUGACAAAUCGAAUGCCCGAAAGGUUCGUAAUGCGGACAUCAACCCCUGCAUUGAGGAGAGUGAUGGUUCACAAAAGUGCCUGGAUGCAUAUAACUACAAUAAGGACAUGUGCUCUGCAUACUUCUUGAAGUAUAAGAAUUGCAGGAAGUACUGGCAUGGUGUAAUGCUACAACGCAGGCGUGAAGGAAUAAAGCCAGACAUGCCUACAGCUAAAGAGAGGGAAGAAAUAAUAGCCACUCUGGGAGGGAAGCCCUACUGACACACGGUGAACUCAGUUUCCCAGAGUGCUCUUCCACUGUGCUUGUCAUUCAUUAGUGGAGCACAUAUUGUGCCUUGCAGAAGGUGCAGUAUGCGCGGAUGAGCGCGUCCUUCCGAAAGGAAGACUUAAAGACUUUUUUACUCUGCAGCUCACUGGGGUCGUGUGUGUGUGUUCAGGAUAAAAUGUGUGUGAAAUUAAGUGUGUAAAAGUAUUUCCAUUGUGUAUAUUAAAGCACAGCACCAGCGGAAGUGCAAGACCAUGUGGUUGCACGCUGCAAAAAAGAUGUACAUUGUCCAUUGGUUAUAAAUAUUCUAAUGGAUCUAACAAAGAAAUUAAAAAUGUACAUUUAGCCAA